AUGCAAUUCACUGCAACCGGCAGUUCUCUUUACCCUAUUCUUCACCAUCUUAAACGCAUGCCUGAAGCCGUAUUAUAUCCAUUAGAGAACUACACGUUCGGUACAAAAGAUGCCCAACCUGAAGAGGAUCCCUCCGUGGCUGCGCGCUUAAAACGACUAGAAAACGAUUAUGAACAACACGGCAUGCGACGCAGUGUCGAGGCCGUACUUGUAGUUCAUCAACAUAAUCAUCCUCACGUCCUCAUGUUGCAAAUCGCAAACGCAUUCUUUAAAUUACCGGGACACUAUCUGCAGCCGGGAGUGGAUGAGAAGGAGGGUUUGAAGGCUAUCCUCAAUGAACGCUUAGGUCCUGGCGAUCCUAACGAGUGGUCGAAGGAACCGGACUGGGAGAUUGGCGAGUGUUUGAGUACUUGGUGGCGACCGAAUUUUGAAUCUUACAUGUAUCCAUAUAUUCCUGCUCACGUUACAAAACCGAAAGAAAAGAAAGUGCUAUACUUUGUACAUUUGCCGCCACACAAGGUAUUAUGUGUGCCGAAAAAUAUGAAACUGCUGGCUGUUCCGUUGUUCGAACUGUACGAUAACUCGGCACGUUAUGGCGCUCAACUUUCCACCAUCUCCCAUUUAUUAAGUCGUUACGACUUUAAAUACGCCAAAUAA